UUGAAACGAACAAGUCGGGUAGGACGGAUCUUGAAGUUGGAAAUCAUCUCAAGUGAUCAAGGUCUAUAGAUAAGGUUUUUAUAGACUUUGCAAGUAAUAGAGUCGAGGUGGUGACAUCCUGUUGUCCUUAGCAGAAGUUGAGAGGACCGUCCUUUGUCUGUCGAUUUGCAGUCUUCAGCGGUUUCACUGCUACAUCAUCUCCGUCCUAUUACUUUCGAGGGCUCCUAUAAAAAAUGAAUCACCUGAUUUGCAUGGCUCUGAUGAGCUUCUUCCUAUCAAGGAGUGCUUCUGCUAUAAUUACACCAUUCUCUGAUGAUGUAAAAGGCUGGACAGAGUUUUUCAAACUAAUUGACACUAAUGGAAAAGGAUUUAUAACACACACUGAUCUGAAAAGAUUCUUUGAAAAGUCUGAGUAUGCCGGACAAUUUGAUGAAAGCGCCAGGAAAAAAAUUACCAGUCUGGUUGGAAAACACAGUGGGAAAUUAAAUAGAAACACGUUCAUCAAAUACAUGGAAGACAAAAGCAAGCAGACUUCCACUUUGAAAGCUAUAAAAGAUGCCUUUCCUGAACAAUCUAGUGUUUUGGGAAGAGAUUUGAACAAAAAGUUUAAAUCAAACGGAGGAACAGGCAACAUAUUUUAUCCUGAUAAAUACUACAAACUACAAGAAGCUGCCGAAAGGAUCGAUGAGAGUAGAAAUAAUAAAACGGAUGAGUGACUAACAUACUAUGAUCAGAGAAUCAAUACUAUAUAUUAAGUGUUAUGAUAGAUUGGUUAUUCUAAGCUAUGGCAUAUAUAUUAUUUAUAUAAUUUGGUUACUUCUCAAAUACUUUUACCAUUACUCGAUGACCUUGAUGUAACGACACUUGGGCAAACGUAUGUUGUUGAAACCAACUUGCACCUUAAUGAAAAUCUCCGACAUAUUUAUUUAUUAUUUAUUUAUUUAUUUAUUAGAUAGAGCGAACAAUACAAUAGUCGGAAAAGAAAAAACAGGCCAUUGCCCAAAACUUCUUCAAUUU